AUGUCACCCAUUCCUCCACCUAGUGAACUGCCUCAUCUGCUCGCUUCGGCUCAAAGGAGAAUCCAAGAUAUGAAAACGUUUCAAUUACCCCGACUCGCGGAUUGUGAACCAAGUAUGAGGAAAGAAUUAUGUGAAGAGUUGAGAGAAGAUUUGGAAAGAGUCGUUUAUACUAUCCGUCUCUGUCGAGAAAUAUCUCUCUCUCUUCCUUCUUCAUCCCAGAAUUCAUCUCUUUCAACAUGUUCCGACUUGGAAGUGGAAUGUCAAGCACUUCGGAUAACUUACAGACAAGCGAUUUUGAACAGUCGACGAAACGUACGUAAAUCGACAUUGGAGGAUAAACGUUUGAAGGACAAGGAUGAAAGGUAUGAGCUUAGAUCGGAUACGAGAGAAGAUUUAGGUGACGCUCAAUUACAAGCUAAAACGAAUGAAGUUACAGAAGUAUUAGGACGGACUGCCAGACUUAUGCAAGUAGAAUUGGAAAGAAGUGUUUUGAGUGUUCAAAUGCUCGAAUCUUCAACUCAAACAUUACGUUCCACCGGUACACUAUACGAUCGUUAUACCUCUUUACUCCAAACUUCCACAGGUUUAGUCAAAGCUAUAGAACGUGCGGAUAAAUACGAUCGUCUCAUCCUUUUAUUAGCCCUUUUGUUAUUCUUGUUAACGGUUGGAUACAUCGUUAAACGACGUGUUCUUGAUAAAGCCGUAGGAGGAGUUGGAUGGUGGUUUAGGAGUUGGGUUCAGAGGAUUGAGAAAUAUGAGAGAGGAGAAUGGUAG